AUGGAAGCAACAAAAAGGAUCUGUAUAGCUGGAGCUGGACCCAGUGGACUCGCAUCCAUUAAAGCUUGCCUAGAAGAAGACCUACAACCGGUGUGCUUUGAAAAAACAAAUCAGUUAGGGGGGCUUUGGUGCUACAGAGAAGAUGAUGUUGAAGGUGUGGGCUCAGUGAUGAAGUCUACCAUAACAAAUACUAGCAAAGAAAUGAGCGCCUUUAGCGAUUUCCCGCCACCAAAGGAUUUUCCUGUUUAUAUGCAUAAUAGCUGUUUACUGAAAUACUUUGAGAUGUACGCAGAAAACUUUGAUCUAGUUCGACACAUUAGGUUUCGACAUGAAAUUCUGGAAGUAGCACAAAACCACGAUUUUGACGAAACGGGACGGUGGAAAGUAACUGUCCGAGAUAUUGAAAAAGAUGUUCAUUUUGACGAGGUCUUCGACGGAGUGAUGGUUUGCACCGGUCACCACGUAUUUCCAUACAUCCCUACGUUUUUAGGACUGGAAACGUUUAAAGGCAAAGUAUUACACACUCAUAGCUACAAGAAACCGGAUGGGUAUGAUGGCAAGAAGGUAGUGAUUGUUGGUGUAGGAAACUCUGGAGGAGACGUGACUGUAGAGCUCAGUCAGACAGCUGAACAGGUUAGGCUUAAGUUGUUCUUUUAA